GUGGCUCGGGCGUCCCCACGCCCUCUUUUCCUCCUCACAGCCCAGCCCCUGCCUAGCCCCGUUUUAGUAAGGCGCUGGCCGCAGUCUGACAGGAACAGGACGGGGCCAAGAUGGCGGCGGCCGACGGCGACGACUCGCUCUACCCCAUCGCGGUGCUCAUAGACGAGCUCCGCAACGAGGAUGUUCAGCUUCGCCUCAACAGCAUCAAGAAGCUGUCCACCAUCGCCUUGGCCCUCGGGGUUGAAAGGACCCGCAGUGAGCUUCUGCCCUUCCUUACAGACACCAUCUACGAUGAGGAUGAGGUCCUCUUGGCCCUGGCGGAACAGCUGGGCACCUUCACCACUCUGGUCGGAGGCCCUGAGUACGUGCACUGCCUGCUGCCACCCCUGGAGUCGCUGGCCACGGUGGAGGAAACCGUGGUGCGGGACAAGGCGGUGGAGUCCCUGCGGGCCAUCUCGCACGAGCACUCGCCCUCCGACCUUGAGGCCCACUUCGUGCCGCUCGUGAAGCGGCUGGCGGGCGGCGACUGGUUCACCUCCCGCACGUCGGCCUGCGGCCUCUUCUCCGUCUGCUACCCCCGCGUGUCCAGUGCCGUCAAGGCGGAACUUCGACAGUACUUCCGGAACCUGUGCUCAGAUGACACCCCCAUGGUGCGGCGGGCCGCAGCCUCCAAGCUGGGGGAGUUCGCCAAGGUGCUGGAGCUGGACAACGUCAAGAGCGAGAUCAUCCCCAUGUUCUCCAACCUGGCCUCUGACGAGCAGGACUCGGUGCGGCUGCUAGCGGUGGAGGCGUGUGUGAACAUCGCCCAGCUCCUACCCCAGGAGGAUCUGGAGGCCCUGGUGAUGCCCACCCUGCGCCAGGCUGCUGAGGACAAGUCCUGGCGCGUCCGAUACAUGGUGGCCGACAAGUUCACAGAGCUCCAGAAAGCGGUGGGGCCUGAGAUCACCAAGACGGACCUGGUCCCUGCCUUCCAGAACCUGAUGAAAGACUGUGAGGCCGAGGUGAGGGCCGCAGCCUCCCACAAGGUCAAAGAAUUCUGUGAAAAUCUCUCAGCUGACUGUCGGGAGAAUGUGAUCAUGACCCAGAUCUUGCCCUGCAUCAAGGAGCUGGUGUCAGACGCCAACCAACAUGUCAAGUCAGCCCUGGCCUCAGUCAUCAUGGGCCUCUCUCCCAUCUUGGGCAAAGACAACACCAUCGAGCACCUCCUGCCCCUCUUCCUGGCUCAGCUGAAGGAUGAGUGCCCGGAGGUGCGGCUGAACAUCAUCUCCAACCUGGACUGCGUAAACGAGGUGAUUGGCAUCCGGCAGCUGUCCCAGUCCCUGCUUCCCGCCAUUGUGGAGCUGGCUGAGGAUGCCAAGUGGCGAGUGCGGCUGGCCAUCAUUGAGUACAUGCCUCUGCUGGCUGGACAGCUGGGGGUGGAGUUCUUCGAUGAGAAGCUCAACUCCUUGUGCAUGGCCUGGCUUGUAGAUCAUGUCUAUGCCAUCCGCGAGGCGGCCACCAGCAACCUGAAGAAACUGGUGGAGAAGUUUGGGAAGGAGUGGGCCCAUGCUACUAUCAUCCCCAAGGUCUUGGCCAUGUCUGGGGACCCCAACUACCUGCACCGCAUGACUACGCUCUUCUGCAUCAAUGUACUGUCUGAGGUCUGUGGGCAGGACAUCACCACCAAGCACAUGCUGCCCACAGUGCUGCGUAUGGCUGGGGACCCCGUCGCCAAUGUCCGCUUCAACGUGGCCAAGUCCCUACAGAAGAUAGGGCCCAUCCUGGACAACAGCACACUGCAGAGUGAAGUCAAGCCCAUCCUAGAGAAGCUGACCCAGGACCAGGACGUGGACGUCAAGUACUUUGCCCAGGAGGCUCUGACUGACAAUAACAAGUGUUCGGUGAGGAUGUGGAGGUAAUUGGAACCCUCACGCACUGCUGCUGAGAAUGUAAAAUGGCGGACCCACUCUGGAAAACAUUACCAAGCACUUGCACUGAUAGGUAUAUACCCAAGAGAAUUGAAAACAUGGCCACAGGAGAUCUGGUACACGAAUGCUGCUAACAGCAUUGUUCACAAGAGCCAAAAUGUGGAACCCACUCAAAUGUUUAUCAGCUGAUGAAUGGACAAAUAAAAUGUGGUUUUUGCAUAUAAUGGAUACUACUUAGCUAUAAAAAUGACUGAAGUACUGACAUGUGCUACAACAUGGGUGAACCUGGGGGAAAAAAAAUAUUACGCUAAGCGAAAGGAGCCAGACACAAGCGGCCAUAUAUUGUGAACUUUCAUUUACAUGAAAUGUCCAGAUAGGCAGAUUUAUAGAGACAAAGUAGAUAAGUGGCUGAGGUCGAGGGGUCGGGGUAGGGGGUGGUGGGCAAUGGAAAGUGACUCCUUAAUGAGUAUCAGGCUUCUUUUGGGGGUGAUGAAACGUCCUGGAACUAGUGGAGAUGGUUUCACAACUUUGUAAAUAUACUAAAAGCCAUGUAAUUGUACACUAUAAGAGGGUAAAUUUGAUGAUACAUGAAUUAACAUCUCAGUGAAGAACAGUCACCACUAAGCCCUAUCUGGCUACCCCGGUCUAGGUAAGUAGGUUUGUAAGAAUAAAACAAUUUUCUUCUGUCCUCUCCACAAA